CUCAUGGCUUCGCGACGGUGGUCGCGAAUUGCAAAUGCUUGGGGCAUCUCAUUCCCAAUCACUCGAUGCUGGACGGUCGCACGCCAAUGGAAGCUGUGCAACCUGUCCGCGUCAAGUACAUCAAGUUCACGUCGGCAAUGGACGUAGCAUUGCUGGAGCUCAUCCAGGUCCACAAUCCAAUCGCGGCUAAACAUGGUACUCGACUCGCCAUGUGGGAGCGCGUGGCGCGGGAUUUCGGCGCCCAGAUCUUUGACAACCGCACAGCAUGCAAGUGGCAAAUUUGCAGGGAUCGAGGCAACCUGCUCAUGCGAUGGUUCGACGAGGAGCGCUUCGACAAACUGUUCAAGGACGAAAGCGAAGCCAGGAACAGGAGGAAGGAGGCGCUUCUCCAGUCGUUGCGGCAUGCUUCCACUUUGAAACUCGGAACCACGUCGUCACCGUCGCCGACCAAGUCGUCGCCGACAAUUUCACUCCAUGGGGAGCACCCUCCUCGAGAGCCCCCGCUCAGUCUGAUGCCCACGCGUCCGCAGACGCCGUUUCCCACCGAGUCGUCUCCGCCAUCUUCGUCGUCCGCGCAACGCCACGCCAUGUUUUCACCGUCCCCUGUCCUGUAUCGACCACCAAUGGAAGCUUCGACUGGCGUUCCAUCACCCCCCAUCCACCUCCCAUCGCUCAAGGUCCAAGUCGCGCCGGCAGAAAACGUACUCCGCGCAUCGUCGCCCUGCGUCGCCAACCCUUCUCCGUCCAUCACAGCAGAACGAACGAAGUCUCUGCAGGAACACCCCCCCGACGCCCCGUUCAAAGUCGAACGGGCCGCCCCUCUACACCCAGUAGGUGGGGGGUCGCGCUUGCAUCCCCCUCCCCGCCACACCCCGUCGCCGCCGCACUUGCCUUCGCUCGUACACCCGAACCAAGCCCUGCUUCGACACCACCCCCUGCAUCACCUCACGUCCGCCGCGGCCGCGACCCGCAAACGCAAAGUGUACGACAUGUCGUUCGACUCGACUGCUGCCCAACUCGUUCGCAUCGUUGAGCAAAAGCUACAACUGGACAUGGACAUGCGCCGACGGGACCAGCAUCUCCGUGCACAGGAGCUGCACAUGCAGCACCAGCUCGUGGAUUACCUCCAUUCUUCCAGACAGAGCCGCCGCCGUCUCGAGUAGGGCUCACACAUUGUGAGUGAAUGGCUGACUACCUAGUGUUUGAGUAGCCACGGCAAAACCAUGGCGGCCGACUCGACCGUGAACGAUCGCGACGAAGAAGAAGAAGAAGAGCAGGAUGGAGGCGCGGCCGCGAGGUUGCUCGAGCUGUUGCAGCAUAAAAUGCAGUUUGACAUGGCGCACCACGCCGCGGAAAUGGAUCUCCGCGCCGACGAAGUCGAGCUGCAGCGCCGCGUGUUGGCGUACUUGGCACGAUGUUAAUGUAAUCGCGAUUAUUGUUGGUUGAUUUGUCAUUACUUUUCCUGUCGUUGGUUGGUCGUCAUCGAUUGUCGUCUGUUCGGCGGCGGGGUGGCUUUCUCGUCCAUACCUUCGUGGUUGUCGUCACAGUCCUGGCGGCGGCCAAGGGAUGGCACGGAAGUCGACGGCGUUGGUGUCGCGGCGGCAUCUUCGAGUUUCUCUAGAAGUUGCUUGAUAUUGCACUGAAUGGUCGUGAGUUCGUCGUGGGUUUGGUUGUAAUAGUCGUCAUCGUCGAUAGUGUGCUUGUCUGCGCAGUAUCGCAGUUGGUGCGACGACGGGCGCGCCUUGGCAUCGGCGGCCAGGUCCUCGUCUUCGCUCACUUCGCCGUCGUCGAUUUCUGGGAUUUCAUCGGUCAUUUUAGCCGAAAACGACUUGCACCGCGUGGUCAAGUCUUGAAGCGCACACGACAGUUCGAGUUCCGCGUCCUCGUCCACUUCGUCCACGCUGUCGUAGCUGGCGUCGAGGACGUCCAUGUCGUGUUGUGCGAUGGAUCGAAGAGGUGUGAGUGGAAGCCAGCCACCACAACGUGAUGGAAUGGGGUGUGCUUGGAAUGUGUU